AGUAAUAACAUUUCCAAUAUUAAUAAUAUUGCAAGGUAAAGCAAACAAACAAAUGAGUAUACUGUAUACAGAUUCAUAAACUAACUGACAACAACAAUGGGGGUGGGGGAGAUUGCAAGCUAAUUUUUAUUUUAUUUUAAGUUCAGCUGUUUUAUUUUGUAUUUUUAUUUUUGUUCUUUUUUUCCAGUUGUCUAGAAAUAAACUUGUGGCUUAUCAAGCAGUGGACUGUUAUGGAUUUGGACAGCAUUGAAGGUCUAAAUGAGGUUCGGCCUGCAGUGUAUCGAGCUGCUCUAAAGCUUCGCGCGUUACAAAAACUCUGUCAGAUGCACCUGGUGACACUGCAGGAUUUGUGCCCAGUUCUAAAUACUUUUUCCAGUUUUGGGGAACCAAUGAUUAGUCUUGCUCAAGAAGAUAUACAGCAGCAUCUAGAAGAGCUAUUCCAGAGCAUUUCACACAAACUUCCUGGUGAGGCGGUACCUGAAGCCACAGAUCAAACCAACAGGCUUCUCUUUAAACUGUUUGACAGAGAGCAAGCUGGUGUUAUUCUGCUCAGGUCAGUGGAGGCUGCACUGAUCGCCCUCUGUGGAGACACUCUCUCAGCUAAACAGAGAGCUCUGUUCCGACUGACUGAGAGCUACAGUGGGAAUCAGGAGAGUGACAGGGGCUCCAUCAGUCGAAGCGCACUCAAAAUCCUGCUGGAAGACGUCAGUCAGGUCCCAGCAGUGGUUCAGGAAAACCACGUUUUUGGUCAAGCUGAAGCUGCAGUGUCCUCUUGCUUCAAUGGGAUAAUCAGUGCACGUGUGACUGAGGAGCAUUUUAUUGGCUGGCUGCAGUCAGAACCCCGGCUGCUGUUAUGGCUGUCCACUCUCUACAGGAUUUCAGUGAGUGAGGAUGUUCAGCACAGAGUCCACUGCCAUGCCUGUAAAGCCUUUCCUAUCAUUGGCCUCAGGUAUCGCUGUUUGAAAUGCCUGAACGUACACCUGUGCCAAAGCUGCUUUCUGACUGAGAGACACAGCAGGAAACACAAGCCCUCUCAUCCUGUACUGGAGUACUGCACUCAGCCAUCCUGGAAGGAGUCAGUGGCGUCACUUGCCUCCAGCGCUCGACACGCUUUGGUACCUCGACACACUCGGAGAGAAGCAGAGAGGAAGAGAGCCCUGAGAGCAGGCUCCAGUGCAGAGCUGCAGUACAGUGCCCCUUCUCCAGUGCUGCAGUGCUCCACUGUAGCAGAUCCAGACAUGCAUAAUGCUCCUGGAACAGGUCUGACUGCCAUCCCUCCUGUGGUUACGGUAGAGUCGAAAUGCCUGCAGACAGAAGAGACAGAGAUUCCUGAGAGAGAAACAGCUAUUCUCCAAAAAGACCUCAGUGUUACUCAGAAGGCCAUGAGGGAUCUGCAGAGAGAUAAAUGGCUUCUGGAGAAAGAGUUUCAGGUGUGGAGAGUUGCAGCCCAGUCAGAGCAUGAUUCACUGGAGGACAAAUGUGCUGAGCUGAAGACCAUGAUGGAGACCAUGAACCAACAUAACCAGCAUCUGGAAGAAGAACUGGACAGAGUCAGACAUAUAUUGAGUUUUAGGGACAGAGAUCAGCUCAGAAUUGACUUUCAUUCCCAUUCAAACCUUCAACCAGAACACGAUAGCAGCAUUAGUGAAAACGACUGGACACAACCUGGGUGUUUAAAACCUCAAGACAGCUCCAGUGAAGAAGAGCAGGUUAAGGAGGGGAGAGAAGCAUAUCAGGACGAAAGAACAGAAGUGGAUGAGGAGACUCUUUAUGAGGUAUCAGAAGACAUCUCCACAAAUCUGGAUGACACAGAAGAGGAAGUUCAUACAGCUUCAGGGCAGCAAGAGGAAGUUGAGGAGGAGGGGCUACAGGUGGAACAGGAGGAACUACUGCAUGAAAGACAAGAUCUAUCUUUACUUAAUCAAUCCGUGUCUGAUUUAGCUCUGGAAGAGCAUUCAGACUCAGAUGAUUCAGAGAUGGAGGAGGAAGAGGAACUUUGUGAGCUUGUACAGCGACUUCGAAAUGAGCUUUCUCUAUAUACAACCACAGGUUCAGUCUGUCUGCAGAAAGAAAAGCUAAUGACAGCAGCAGAGGGAGUCAGAGAUUCUGUUUCUCAUCUUGUCACUUCUGUGAGGACCACCAGUUUGGCAUAAUGGCAGCCAACCAUCAGUAUAAAGAACUUACCCUUACUUGAAACCACUACAAGCCAAUUUUCAUCUCUCAUUCCAUUACAAGGUUAAUCAUAAACAGCAGAUGCCCACAGCAGACUGAUGGUUGAUCAUUCACAAUUUAAUGAAAUCUAAAAAUAAAUAGGUUCCAAGAUUAUAUCACUAUUUAUACUAUUAAUAUAAAUGAAGCAUUGGUUAACUUUAAGUUUAUUUGUUUAAAGGGGUAAUGCACAUUAAUGACCAUGACUGUAAAUGUGCCAGAAUAAGCCUGAAGGUUAUUUUUCAUCUGUAGACUUUUGGCAGAAUGUUAAAAAGUCACCCUAAAGAAGCAGACAUAGCAUCUUAUAAAAAAAAUUAAAAAGGAAAAAAAUAACAAAAACACAUUAACAACAUCAAAUACUAAAAAAUACAUAAAAAUAUCUAAACUCAUACUGAACAAUAUGAAAGGUAAAAAGAGAAGAAUAACAGGAGAAUAACAAAAUAGCAAGAGCAAUGAUUACAGGAAAGCAUAAAGGCAUAGAAUCAUGUAAAAUAAAAUACUAUUAUUACUGUUACAUCAUUUAUAGCCCUGAAAUAACCAGAAAGAAAUUCACCAUAUCACAUGUGAAAGUCAAGUUGAAAGUCAUGAUAUAGGGAAAAAGAAAGAAGUCCACAGUUAAAUAUCUAAUAUUGACCAAUAAGCAAUAUCAUUUAUUUCUAAUAUGUGAUUUUAUAGUGAAUUUAUAUGGUGUUUUUUUAAUACAAGACAUUUUGAAUGCAUUUUGAAUGACAGCCUCGUAUGUUUAUUUUGCCUAUUGAACAAUAAAUAAAUAUUAAUGGGGUGGUUGAUAGCGAUUUCAUUUUUUUUACCUUUUAUCUUUUUAACCAAUCAGAGCCCAUCGCCUAUUACUGAGGGAAGGGCUUCAUAAAAACAGGAA